AUGCGCUUCACUGCCGUCGCUCUUGCUGCCACCCUGGCUUUCGCUCAAGCGACUGCCGCCGAGCUUUCCACGCUCGCCGUUGAGAAGCGUGGUAUUUUCGACUUCCUGAUUCCUGGUGGAGGUCUCCCCGAAACCGGAAUGUCGUGUGGCCACAAUCGCAACCUCGUCGGCUUGGGCCUCGGCAACGCUAACACCUGCACGAUGGUGAACAACGGUGGUGCCACGGGUCCUAUGCGAUGUGGCGGAGCUGAAUCCCUCCUCCAAGUCGACAUCAGCCAGUACAACGGUUGUAGCAUGCAGAACAAUGCCCAGGCCGACACAUGUGCACUAUUUUGGAGCCCCAACUGUGGACUCCUAUCCCCACCCAGCAGCGGCUUAUUCGCUAAGAGCACCGAUGAUAUGAAGGUUGGUGCCGAGAACAAGGACCAAGCCUAA